AUGAUCACUGAUGAGACGGAGGAAAUUCCACAAGGAGUGCGGCACUUGACUGUCAGAACUAAAAGACUGCAUUCAUUUCAUAAUUUGAGCAGGGUGAAAAAUCUGAGGACCAUUUUAUUUUAUGGAACGUAUGAAGGAGAGGAGUUUUAUAAGGUUCUCAAGAGCAUUUUAAAACGCUCCAAAAGUCUGCGAACACUGGAUUUAUCUCAUCGUGGCACCGACAUCACCAAUCUGCCAAAUGUUGUCGGUAGAUUAUCCCAUCUACGAUAUCUUGAUAUCAGUAACACUAAAAUACGCUGGUUGCCGAAGUCAUUUAGCAACCUCUGCCAUCUGCAAGUACUGGAGGUGCGACAGUGCCAUCUUAAUAAGCUCCCUAACAAUAUGAAUAAAUUGAUUAGUUUGCGACAUCUAUCAGCAGAAUCGAAGAUGGUUUCCCUGAUAUCUGGCAUUGGAAAGCUUACUGGGCUUCAAGAACUGCAAGAAUUCAAAGUUAAGAAAAAGAAAGGUCCCAGGAUCGAUGAAUUAAAGGAGCUGAAUGAGCUUCAAGGAAAAUUACUGAUUUUAAAUAUUGAGAAUGUUAGUAGCAAACAAGAGGCAAUGAAUGCAGGAUUAAAGGAAAAGAAAAACCUUGAUGGAUUGCAUCUUUACUUCAAGACAAAGGAUGAGCCAAAGACUGAAUCCAGCAGAUAUUCAAAAAGCAAAACUGCAUGCAACUUAGAAGAGUUAUUGGAAGCCCUGGAACCUUGUUGUGAUAUCAAAGACUUGGGAAUUAAGGACUGGGAUAUUCAUGGGUUUCCAAAUUGGUUGGACCCGAUAGAAAACUUCAUUCAUCUUCAGUCUAUUCAUCUGAGUUGUUGUCACCAGUUAACAAGCCUCCCACCCCUUGGGCACCUUCACUCUCUCAAGCUACUACACAUUGAAGCGAUGCCGGCGAUAAAAACAAUUGGCGCUGAACUCUAUGGCAGCAUUGAUGAUGUAUUUCCAUCAUUGGAGGAGUUAAAACUCCAAGACUUGCAAGAAUUUGAAGCAUGGAUGGAGUUAAACCUACCAGUCACAGAGCUCAAUAUUUCUUCAUGUGGGGACCUCGGUGCUUCAUUAUCCGGAUGUUUUGAAAGAUUCUCAUCACUCACCAUUGUAAAGAUUGCUCUGUACCCAUAUAAUAAAUCUUUCUCUGAGUCUCAUGUGGCGGGCCUGAAAAUCUUAGAACUCUCAUUUUGCUCGGAGGUGAGGUAUGAAGGGGAUGUUGAGUUCCUCAAUGUCCUGGAUCGAUUCAAGGCUGAAGAAUGUCCAAAGUUCUUCAUCCCAGAGGGCUCAGUGACCCCUCUGUAA